GCGGGGCGUCUCGGUGACUUCACUCUCGGUACAAAAGGGCCCGGGUGGCGGGCGCCGGGGCAGAGCGUCCCAGCAGUGUCACGGCGUGGGCUGGCGUGAGUGGAGAAGCGUGAGCGAGCGCUUUGCCCGGAGUGCACCUGCUACCUGUCCUGCCCAGCCAGGGAGUCCCCGCCGCCCUCGCCCCUGCCGUCGAGCCGCCAUGGAAGUGCAGAAGGAGGCACAACGCAUCAUGACUCUGUCGGUGUGGAAGAUGUACCAUUCGCGCAUGCAGCGCGGUGGCCUGCGGCUGCACCGGAGUCUGCAGUUGUCGCUGGUCAUGCGCAGCGCCCGGGAGCUCUACCUCUCGGCCAAGGUGGAAGCCCACGAGCCCGAGGUGCCCUUGCCGCCCGUCCGCUCCCCCGAUCCUCGCCUGCACCAGUCGCGGGAAGCGGAAGCUGGAGCCGAGGCAGCGCCCCCCGACGGUGAGCCGACCUCCCCGGAGCCCAUGGACACGCGGGAGGCGCCGCGAGCGGAGGAGACCCCAGCCCGCUGUGCCCCGCGCCCCACAAAAGUCAGCCGAAAGCGGCGCAACAGCAGCCUGAGUGACGGCGGGGACGUCGGACUGGUCCCAAGCAAGAAAGCCCGUCUGGAGGAGGAGGAGGAGGAAGGAGCCUCCUCGGAGGUCCCUGAUCGCCUGCAGCCACCUCCCGCGCAAGCGGAGGGCGCCUUCCCCAACCUGGCGCGCGUCCUACAGAGGCGCUUCUCUGGCCUCCUGAACUGCAGCCCCGCCGCCCCCCCGACGGCGCCGCCGGCGUGCGAGGCGAAGCCGGCCUGCCGCCCCGCGGACAGCAUGCUGAACGUGCUCGUGCGGGCCGUGGUGGCUUUCUGAGGGUCCCCGAGCGGCGCCACCGGAGCCCAAGCGCGGGCCGAAGCGUCGGCCGGAGUGCGCAGACCCGAGGCGAGGCCCGCCCCCGGGGGAGCGCCCGCCGAAACCGUGGAGAGGAGCUGCCGCCCGGGCUGCUGAGGCCUAAAGAGGGACUCUGCCCCCGGGGAGCCGUCGCCGUCUGUGCGCAGCGGCGGCGCCGAGGAGCCUGAGCCGGGAGCGCGAGCGCCUUCCGCCGAGACCUGCUGCGCCCACAGGUGCUGUCUUAACGGACUGGGACGUGGACCUUUCCCUCUCCUUCUGGGACUGGGAGCAGGGAGGCUUGGUUCUUUCAACUCCUCAGGGUCGGACUUUAGUUUUUACUGGGAGCUGUGCUGCCCUUUCAAGGUUUUUCAAUAGUUGGUGUUUGCAUUUCCAACCUCAGAGAAUUCCAGGCAGGCGCUCCCCUUCCCCCACCAGUGACAUACUUGUGCAAGCGGUCAUCGUUGCGUCAUGGGGCAGACGUGGGAGCUUCCUGUUGCCUUGCGUGGGUGUGGGGCCUGGGAGGAGGGUCUGGGGUGUGGACCGCCCUGGGGAAUGGGAGGAGGGCGUCCUGAGUCACCUCGCACCGCUUGCUGCGGGUUUGUGCCCCACGCCCCUGCGCCUUCGGGUGCAUAGCGGGGGGGCUGAUCUAAUUUCAGGUUAAAAUUUUUCUCAUCUGGUGCGUUAGAGGUGGGAAUAUGUUCACGGUCUCAAGCGUGACCAUCCCUCAGACACAGACACAACCCAGACGAUCCUGGUCUGAAUCACAAAAAUUGGGUGGGGGUGUUUGGAGCUCUGUAAGGCUGAGCUGGGACCAGUUGCUGGUGAGACUGGGCCAGCCCGGGGAGGGGAAGAUUCUUGCCAGGGCGUUCUGAGGUCUGUUUACCUUUACUGUGGUGGAUUCUGUUUAAUUUCAUCUAUCUGGCCUUUUGCUGGAAACGCCAGAUAGGAAAAUAAAGAGCAUUUGAAUAAAG